GACGUUGCUGCUCAGGCUUCAAGAUGGCGGAAGCCCUGACGACUCAAGAGGAGGUGGCGGUGGAGGAGUUCCUGGCUGAGCUGAGGUGUCGGGAACAGUCUCACAAUGCAGAUCUUGUCAGUCAGAUGACAGCGGUUAAGUUUCUUAUGGCACGCAAGUUUGACGUUGCUAGAGCCAUAGACCUCUUCCAGGCUUACAAGAACACCAGAAUAAAGGAGGGCAUUUACAAUAUUAACCCAAAUGAGGAAUCUUUAAGGAGUGAGUUACUAAGUGGGAAAUUUACAGUUCUGCCCGGCCGUGAUGAAAACGGUGCAGCUUUGGCACUCUUUACAGCGCGUCUUCAUCAGCCAGAAGUCACUACACAUAAGGCUGUUCUUCAGGCCAUUAUUUAUCAGCUGGAUAAAGCAAUUGAAAGUGUUGAGACGCAGAGAGAUGGGCUCAUUUUCAUCUAUGAUAUGACUAACUCCACAUACGGCAACUUUGACUAUGAGCUUUGUGUCAAGAUUUUGAAUCUGCUUAAAGGGGCUUUCCCUGCUCGUUUAAAAUGUGUCUUCAUUGUGUCAUCUCCGCUGUGGUUCAGAGCGCCGUUUGCGGUACUACGUUUGUUUGUGAGAGAGAAACUGAGAGAGAGGGUGUGCACUGUAAAAGCACACGAACUGGUUAAUCACAUCCCUGUCAGCUCCUUACCAGAACAUUUGGGUGGCUUGUCACAGUAUAGCCACAUUGCCUGGAUCCAGUCCUGCGUCAACAACUCCAGUAACUCUCCCAAUGUUACUGAAGAUUGCUUGGGCAGCCUCCUCCACUCCUACUUCAUGGAGCAUGGCCAGAACACCACCACUGACCCCUUAACUGCCAACACUUCAGCCCACACAGGGGCGACUCUUUUGGGAGAUGGAGUGAACUUCAACUGCCCCAUUCUCGAUGAUGGUAAUGCCAACGUGCAGAACCACAGGAAAGCUGGGCAUGCACAUUGGAAUGGCGCUGUUCUGCCAGGUUCAGGGGGCAUCACAGGGUCGAAUUCUAAUGUUGUCAAUGGCCGUGGUCGCCAGCCACCUCCACAGUCAGACACACCCCCAGACACACCCUUGCAUCAAAAACACAUUGGUGCUUUAGUAACGGGAGUAGGGGCAGCUAUGGGCAUAGAUGGAGCCAUGCCAUCUGUGGAUGAGACGAGGCAGGAUGGCAAUGGUGCUGAAGACAGCCAACAUGAUGUGGAGUUUCUGGAAGAGGAUGUGGAUGAAGGAGAUGGUGUUCCACCCCUCCCACUUAAAUCAAGGCCUCUGCCCCUCCAUCAUAGCCCCGUCCCCGAUAUGAGCUGGUUACCGGGAACAACUGCGGAAAUUACAGCAUUGUCCGUGCAUAUAGCUGAGCCAGGUGGAAUGAACGUGCAAGAUCUGGUGCAGCAUGUGAAACGCAAAAUGAAGAAAGGCAUUUACCAGGAGUACGAGGAGAUCCGCAAAGAACCUCCUGCUGGAACCUUUGACUACUCAAAGAAAUCUUCUAACCAGAUAAAGAAUCGCUACAGUGAUGUCCUUUGCCUAGACCAAUCACGCGUUCGACUCUGUCCACUCGAUGAGGAUGACGAGACGUGUGACUACAUCAAUGCAAGUUUCAUGGAUGGUUACAAAAGGAGUAAUGCUUACAUUGCUACUCAGGGGCCUCUGCCAAAAACUUUUGCCGACUUUUGGCGAAUGGUGUGGGAGCAGAUGGUUUUAGUCAUCGUUAUGACUACAAGAGUUGUAGAGCGAGGCAGAGUGAAAUGCGGACAGUACUGGCCUUUAGAGGCUGGCCUCACUGAGGAUUAUGGGCAAUUUUUGGUGAGGAAUAUCGGUAUUGAGAUGUUUCAGGAUUUUAAGCUAUCACACCUGGAGCUCUGCAACAUUCAGACAAGAGAAUGUAGAGAAGUGUCUCAUUAUCUCUACAUGAGCUGGCCAGAUUUUGGUGUACCGAAGUCAGCGUCGGCCAUGUUGGAUUUCCGGGCACAAGUGAAGCAGAGACAAGAGUCUUUAUUACGAACAAUGUAUCCUGAUUGGACAGGACCCCCAGGAGGCCCUCCAGUGGUGGUACACUGCAGUGCAGGCAUUGGUCGAACAGGCACGUUCUGUACUUUAGACAUUUGCCUUUCUCGUCUGGAGGAUAUCAGGACAGUGGACAUUAAGCAGACGGUGCGUCGGAUGCGGACGCAACGUGCCUUCAGCAUCCAGACAUGGGACCAGUACUACUUCUGCUACAAAGCAGUGAUCGAGUACGCCCAACAGAGCGGCCUACUGCAGCCUGUCGAGUGGUCCGACACAGAGCUGGAGACAGACAGUGAGUGAAUAAGAACACAAUUCGGUCAUGGGGGAAAGAGGUACAGAAGAAAAACCCUCUCCUGGCCACAGGUAGACACCUCCAGCACCUCCAUGUUUGUUCUUUUCUGGUGAGGAAGAUGAGAAAAAGAAUGGAGGAGCGGUGGAAUGUUUUGUCCUGCCACUUUUCAAGCCCUUUUUAAUCUGAUCUGGAUGAGAUCAGAGACUGUGGCUUGGUGUAGCAUUUUUUUUUAUAGAAAUACUGACUUGCACAUGUGGAUUGACAAACUUGAACUAUCCAGUUUAUCGUGUUACCUGAUCUUUUUUUAUUACUUGCUCAAAGUGUUGUCUAAAUUCAGUAUCUCUCAACAUAGUUACAUUCACACUUUUUGUGAAAAACGUAAAACUUGAAUUAUUUUUUCCUCUUCCGUCACAUUAAAAUGGCAAAAUAUGUAUGUCUGAACAGGUUCCAACCAUUUGCUUUCCUGUGUGUGUGUGUGUGUGUGUGUGUGUGUGUGUGUGUGUGUGUGUGUGUGUGUGUGUGUGUGUGUGUGUGUGUGUGUGUGUGUGUUUCAUGGUUAAACUAAUCUUCAAGCCAAAGGAAUGGUGUUGAAUGCUUGGAUGUAUCCAUAAUGAUCGUUGUGACUUAAACCCUUGUAUAUCUUGUAACAUACAUUUAUAUAUUGUGCAUAACCUUUGAAAAAGCCUUGUUUUAAUAUAAUACUCUUAACUUUGUUCAGAAGUAUGUGUAUCGAUAUAUACAUUUAUAUUAAAGAAUAUAUGAAUAAGUAUAUGUUGGGUUAGAACAAUAUGAAAAGUGGAUGAGGAAGAAAAACCUAUGCUAUAUUUGGUAUAUCUUGUUGACUGUUCCGGUCCUUCAGUUUUGAUUUCAAUCUGUCCUCUAAUUGUAGUCCAUGAUUGUCAGUCAAUUAGCCUUAAUGCAGAGCUUCCGUUCACAGUGCAUCUCAUAGCAGACACUAGAAAAACCCAGUGGUAUACUAAAUAUUGUGGAUGAAAAGACUGCAUCAUAAUCUGGACUUGGAGAAUAGUUUGAUGUCAACAAUCUGAGAUUCUCUAUGAAUGCUGGCCCUUAACCUUCAAUCACUGCCUUUCUCCCUCUGAAGUAUGAACACCUGAUCUUCUCUUUUUUUUUCCUCUCUCUUUCUCUCUCUCUUUUCACUAUGAGCCUGUCCCAAGUUAAAGUAUCUUGAUCUGCACGGACACGUAUUCUUUUCCCACCUUUACCUAAGUGUAAACACCAAAGUGUUCUGUGCUGACAAGUAAUUGUUACUUGUGAUUUGUGACAUUACUGAUGGCUUGUCAAGAGUGACUUGGGGUCUCGUGUGUGGAGUUCUGAGGUCUUUAAAAGCCUCAGUUUUGUGCCUUCUAGCUUUCCACAGCCCAAUGUGUAGUUUCAGACAAGGAGCUGAACAACUGUUCUUGCAUACAUGUAGGGAUUUUUUUAUUAUUAUUUUUUUAAUCUCAGGGGUACACUUGGUGUUUUCCUCAUCUCAAAACAGUUUUCUCUGCAUUUGCCUCUGGUAAUAAUCAUUAAAAACAAAAAAAAAAACAUAUUUUUGAAUUUUAUACAGCAUCCUAUAUUAUAUUCUGUUUUAUGUAUGUCUUUGUUGAACUUCAGCAGUAUUGAUAUUUGAAUGUUGGUACGAAAAAAAAAAUAUGAACGGACAGACUGUUUUAAACCGAUAAGCUAAAGAAAUCAAACAGCAAAAUAAAAAAGACAUGUUUUUUUUUUUUUUUCUUCUUUAGUUCAGUAUGGAAUUUUGUUACUCAGCAUUUUGUUGUGGGAGGUAAAUCCAUUAUUUUUCCAGAUGCCUGUAGCAGACCCUUUUGCAUACUCUGUGGACUGUUAAAGAGCCAAGGAUAACUGCAGCCAAAAGAAUGAAAUGGAUUGUCAUGGCUGCCACUAACAUUUUUUAACUUUUGCCAAUCAACAGCAACCCCCCACCCCCUCAAAAAAAAAUUAAAAAAAAAUACAAUAAAAAUAAGAACACAUAAGAUAUGAACUUGAAUGUUAUGAAAAGAUAAAUCAAUUCACAUUUUGGGAGAACUCUGGAAUGCUUUCUCCUUGAAUAUCUAUGCUUGUAUGAUGAUAGUGUAUGCGUGAAAGUCCCACUCACCUAAUGUUUACUUGUUGAAUGACUUAUCACAUGCAAGAUAGGGCUCAGUGUGCAGAACAUGCUUGACUGUUUUCUACUGCUGAUUCCUGAUUCAGUGAGACUUGGUUCUGACUUAUUAAAGGCAGUUGGGAAUGCAAUCUGUGUUCUUACUCAUGUUUUCUUUUGGUGUCCGAAGUUCUGUGAUUUGAGUAUUGGCCUUUUUACCUGACAUCUGCAGAAGUGUCGUAGUAAAAAUGAAUAUUAUUCUGAAACUAUGUCUGUGUGAUGAAUGAAUGAGUCAAGUUGACU